GAUGCUCGCAAUGUCACAGUUCACCCACAGGGACUUGAUGCUCGCAACGUCACAGUUCUCCCACAGGGACUUGAUGCUCGCAACGUCACAGUUCUCACACUCGGACUUAAUGCUCGCAACGUCACAGUUCUCGCACAGGGACUUGAUGCUCGCAACGUCACAGUUCUCCCACAGGGACUUGAUGCUCGCAACGUCACAGUUCUCACACAGGGACUUGAUAUAUGACCACUGUAGCGUGUUUGUAUUUUCACUACAUCAACCAUAUCAAACGUUCCCUCUUACAAUUCGCAAGCCCAAUUAAUCCGGACGGUGUUUGUCCCAUUUAAAACUGUCCACAUUAACAAAAGUACCCGAUUAGCGAGGUUGUGUACUGAGUAUUGUCCCCUUGAAUUCAUAUAUAUUUAUAUAUAUUUAAAUCUGUAUAUGUUAUUGCCAGUAAUCAUCCCGAGAAGUAUCGGGUCUGUCUGUCUGUCUGUCUGUCAACUGUGACGUUGCGAGCAUUAGAUCCAUGAGGGAGAACUGUGACGUUGCGAGCUUAAAGUGUCUGUCUGUCUGUCCACUGAUGGUCUGUAAUCAUUGAUGCAAUAUGUCAUAUCGUAAUCAUUUAUUGUUAAACGAUCGUCAUAUUUAACUUCAAACUGUACAUAUGUGCUAUUACUGACUCUGGACACCUUUACGUCGUAUGAAUGAAUGCCUGAUAAUGAGAGUAUUACAUUACAACACAGAAGUAACGUAAUGAACUUACAACACCGGCACAGUCAUAGCUGUAUGCCGCCAGACUGACCGUCACAGGAAAGUAAGUGUUCCGUUCCACAAAAAUAUGACGUGUGAAUUUCAGGGAACUUGGUGUAUCAAUGAUCACUCGUGCGAAUUAAAUAUAAUAUUUAUAUGAUAACGCAAAUGAACCUCGUUUAUCCAGAAAUACGUCCGGAUUAACCAGUAUCCGUAUUAUAAGGUGAUUUUUUUCGAUUGUUAUUCUUCAUCACGUAAAGUUUUCUGGUAUCGAUGUCCGUUUUAACGAGGUCCCACAGUACCAUAACCCUAGUUGGUGUUGACGUUCAGAGAGCUGAAAACAUACAUGUACACGGAUACUGAUCCGAGUUAUGGUGAAUACCUCAUAUAUACUUGUAGUCAUAGCUCCUGAACAGUGUAGGAAUGUUCGUCGGCGAGGGGAGGGAUAGGAGAGGAAUAGGAGAGGAAUAGGGAUGGAAUAGGGGUGGAAUAGGGUUUUAACAGUGUUGGAAUAGGGGUGAUCGUAGAGAUGAAAUUGUUAGUAUUAUUGCCCCGCUGACAUACUAUCUACAACGAGAGAGCACUGUGCAGGGGUAUAUUCAAAAAUAACUUUCGUCAUUACAGAACCUGGCCUUUAUUUAGACUCAGGUACACACACAUUCGUCAAUUUACUAACUUUUCGAAUGUCCGUAAUAAAUUAAAAAGAUAUGUUGGUUAAACCAGGCUGGGCUUAUUUGGGUAUUUGUUACUCUUCCGUGUUAUUAUGGGGAAUACCGCGAGGCUGUCCUGAUUAUAAAGGGGUACACGGCUAAGAACGCUUAGUAUUCUGACAGCCAGAAAAUGUAUCUGCUUACCGCUCAUCAAGCACGUAAUCUUCUAUACACGGUGUUUACAACGGCUGUGAUAGUAUUACUGUGCGUCCCGGCGUAUGGUCAGUCAGAACCGAACAGCCCUAUUGACACAUGCGGCCUGAUUCAGAAACCUCGUCGUGGACAACCUGUCGUAGCUAGAGAUGCUUCUGACGCUCACAAACAGUUUGUACGGAAAUUGAAGGGCUUCACCAAAACUGCCAAAAAGCUGCGAAAAUCCGUUGAGAAGACUUGGGACAUUCCGCGAAGCCUCCUGAGGGAAUAUCGCAAUCAAGGCAUCACAGAUCUUCAUCCCAGGGAAGGAAGACGUCUUCGAAUGCCAAAAAACAAGAGGGUACAACCACUGUUCGAUGCGGCGUGGUGGCUGACGUCUAUGCAGAAAGCGGCUCACGAACUGUAUCAGAUGAAGAUCAUUUCUGGAAAGUUUACCAAAGAGCUUGCGACUCUGUCCAACGACCUCUACGGCACCCUCUUAGUCAUGAACAUCCGCAUCAGAAGACCAAGGGCACUCUGCCUCCGGGAACAAACAAUUGACUUCCCUCUAAAGCAACGAGAUGUUACAAAGGAAAGUCGGUAUGCAUACAUUGUCCUACGGGACAUUGAACGAGGAGUGAAACGGAUGGCAAAGAUAUUGAGGAAAUGUAAGGUUUCUGUUUCCAAUAAGAAGUCCCGACUCAGGUGUAGAAAAGUGAAGUCUAUAUUCUACUCGAAAAAAUCGAAAACGGUUCUUGGAACAUGGCAAGACAUUUUUACAUGAAAUGGACGGUGACAUGAUGCAAGACAUGUUUGCUGUUGUGGAUGAUAUUGACUUGUGAGAAUUGUUUGUUGGUAGUCACUCCCCAAUUUCAAAGACGAAAGAUAAGGCAGUAUUCUGAUAUGACAGUAUUCCUCAGAUCAACGUAUCUUGGCAAUGCAAUGCAAUGUGUAGUUUGUUGACUUCGGGGGAACAAUGAUGACUCAUUGGCACUGAACGUCCAGAUUAAGUUUAAACUGCUAUUUUAAAAUGGCUAUUAUUAAAAUCAUGUGUAUAAGAUAUGCUUGAAUGCGUGUACAUCUGUAUGUCCAUGUGUGUGUGUGUGUGUGUGUGUGCGUGCGCGUGUACAGGUCCGCGUGUCCAUAUCUGAGAGCAUGACCAUGUGUGUGUGUGUGUGUGUGUGUGUGUGUGUGUGUGUGUGUGAGCAAUUCUAGUUUGAGAAAAAACACAUUAUUUAUACAAGAAGAUUUUUGUGUGUACGCUUUAACUUAUUUUUACGUGACAAUCAUCUGGCAUUGUACAUACAUAUAGUAUUUAUUGCUGAACUUGAAAUGUUGCUGUUUUAUCAGUAAUCCGUCAUUUUAAACGAGAUCGCAUUUCCAUGUCAAGCUUUGCUCAUAUCGGCGCCAAGGCAUGCUGUCUAAAUAAGGGGCUAAAUAAAUGAAGAACAGGACAAAGCGUAUAGGAAAGGUGUCUAUACCCAUUGAAUAGAUGCAUUCUUUGUCGAUUGGUAAAAUACAAAAUUAAAUUUAUGGAUCUUUGAAGAGUGUUGAACUGUUUUGGAGCCCAACUGAUAGUAAAAUGUACAACUAAAAAGAAGCAUGGUAUGACAUUAACUGUCGUAAUAUGAAAGAAUCGGGGGUCCUUAACAUUUUUAGUAGUAUAUUUGGGACCUGUCCAUUUCCAUUCCAGCAUUCAGUAUUUCAACAAACGCCGGUAACAAUUCUUUUUUAUUGGUUUUAUUGAACACUGUAUAUGAAGCUGAAAUAGGCAAAUCAAACUAUACAUACCCUAGUAAAAUAUGGGUUGAACUUCAAUUAUUCGAAGUCACUGUAGUUGACAUAAAAUGCCUUAUGUAUGAUGUAUAGUUCUCUGAUGCAUUUAUGCUGAUCCGGGUGGUUUCUAUGAACAAAUGUGAAACUCUAUUUAUUAGCCAAAGACAAGCUAUAUGUUUUAUAUGACUAUUCUAUCACUGUGUUUUUAUUUGUUAUUUGUUAUUUACAUGUUAUUUACAUGUGUUUAUGUCACAGAAUCUUGCUUGGAUGUUUUGUCGUGUAUCCAACGUGACAUGUUGUCUAAAAUGACCGUGACAAGACUGAAUAUAUCCUUCAUGAAGAAUAGGUAUGAUUUUCUUCUCGUCCGAGAAACGCCAGCUAACACGUACCUUAAAGAAUGUGAAUUCAUACACACCACUGCCGGAUGUUGCCCUUUAACAAAACAAACAAAAUCUCAUGUCUUGUGCAUGCAUUUUGUUUUUAAUAAUAAAAUUAUUCAUUUUUUAAUGAUUCAGUGUCAUGUCAUUUACAUCCAUUGAAUGUAUUUUUAUCCGAUAUAUUAAAUUUAUGCAUUUAUAAACCUUCAGUCGUUAUCUUGUUUGUU